AUGGAUCGAUCACCAUAUUCAUCAUCUUCAUCAGAGAGUUCCCAGUUUUCUUCACCGAGCUCAACGCCGCCGAAAAAUUCGCCGGUGGUGCUUUCUAUUGAAUGCUUAAAGGGUAGUUCAAAGGCGGGCGAGUGGACCGACGAUAUGCUACAGACCGGUGAUAUAGUGGAGGAAAUCAGAAUUGGAAAUAUGACUAUGAAAUCACCGUUCAAAAAUGGGAAAUCUGGAGUGCAGAAAAUUCUUCGCAACUCGUUCAAGCAGAAGGAGACUUCGAUUCAUGUCCGAGUCAGGCGCGGCUCGGACGAUUUCGCUGAGUUUCAGGCGUGUAUUGUGCCCAACGAUCAGUUUGGGACGAAGAAGCAGUACAUGAUGCGGGCCAUUGAUGACCCGAAUUAUGCUGUCGUGUUUUGUGAUCGGACCGAAACUGAGUGCUUCCAUUUACAAGCUUCAAGGACCUCAAGAAUGGUGAGUGCAUUAGAGAGAACUCCUCUUCAAGAUGGAUAUGUUUUAUAUCCAUGGGAGAGAAGAAAGCAAGAGAUGCUGUCUAUUCCCAAUUCCAGCAGCUUUUAUUCUAUCUUAUUCUUACCAAAAGCCUCAGACAAAGUUGCUUUCCGUUACAACGAUCUGGAGGACACCCUUGCACGAGCACAAUCCUGGCUUAAUGCCUCUCAAGAGUCGGGAGUCCCUGUUUCCUUUAUGAACAUCCAGACUGAAUCACUACUUACCAAGAUAUCUGGAGACACAGCUUCUUCUACUGUAAAUGCUGGUUCACUCUCUGAUUUAUCAAAUCUUGCAAACACAAGCCUUUAUGGUUUUGAGGAUUACCAUGGGGUAGAUAUUGGGGAAGUCCGCGCUGUUCGUAUGUGGUUCUCCCCACUUGCAAGAGAGAUUCCAAUAGAAAUCAAAAUCAAAGACACUGACACGAAGCUCGGUUUUGCCAUCAGCAGAACAGAAGAGGGAUUCAUUUACAUUUCAUCAGUUAUUGAAGGUGAUGCUGACACGCCCUCUUCAAGAUCAGGACUCAGCAAUCUGUACAAGCAGGCAGAUACAGCAUCCCGGCUCCUAGUUGUCUGCCGAAUAUCCAAUCAAAAAGUCCUUCCUUGGAUGGUUUCUCCGACAGGGGCAAUCCAGUGCUUUGACACCGUUUCCCUCAGCCAGAAACUCUCUUUGCACCGCCACACCAAGUUUCCUAUUCUUAUGCACAUAUUUAUAUGGGACACAUCGGUAAAUUUUGCAAAUGUAGGCAGCAUCAGGUCGAGAGCCAUGUCUACUAAUCCGCCUUCAUCACCAAGAGAGGUAAAUGUUAUGCACUCUCCAAAUGAAAACCACAUUCUUCCAUUGCCACUUGAAGAAGACUCGACCGAGAGUAGAAGCAGUGAUGAACCAAACAUUAUGCUUGAAAGGGAUACUGCUGGGGAGCUUUCCUUCAGAUUCCAAGAUUUGCUCUUAAGAACAAUUGGGUCUGAUAAUUUUUAA